AUGAAGACAGGGACGCUGAUCGAGGAUAAAACCACCCAAACAGUGACCACAAAGGUAAUUAAAGUCUUAUUGGCGCCCUCUUGCAGUAUUACUUCCAAACUCAGCACUUCCAUUUCUUCUUUUUUUUAGUGGUCAGAGCUCAAACUGGUGAAGGAAGCACAUCUCGAUGGACACCGCCCUAUGAAACCCUGCCAAUUGUACGACAAAAACAGCAAAACACUCUUCCUCUUCUUUAUCUGCAUCGAAGGCACUGUUUCAGAGCUGUUCCAGAUAUGCUGCAACCAAAACAAAGCCCGUCUCUGCUACAUAACAUCGAAGGAUGGCGCUCAAAGCUGGAGUGAAGUGACCAAUCUGACUGAUCUCCUGGAUGAAAUCAAGAGCUGGGCCACGUUUGCUGUGGGUCCAGGCCAUGGUAUUCAGACAGAGAGUGGUAGACUGAUUGUCCCAGUGUAUGGGUACGCCUCAUGCUCUCCCUCAUGCUGCUGUUUCAUAAAAUUCUACUGUUGUACCCCAUAUGCGCUCUAUCUGUACAGUGACGAUGAAGGUAAAACAUGGAAGUUUAGCAGCAGGAUUCAGAAAGUAUCUCUUGAAUGUGAGAUGGCAGAGGUGACUGAUGACUCGGGUUUUAAAUCCAUCUACUGUAACGCCCGCAGUAAAGGAGGCCACCGAGUGGAGGCUGUUGAUAAAAAUGAAGGAACUGGCUUUGUGACUCUUCCAACUACUGACAAACUCGUAGAAACAGGUGGAGGCUGUCAGGGCAGUGUGGUGUCCUUCCCAGCUCAGAGUGAGGCUGCUCGUGCAGACAGUGAUCAGAGCCAGAACCCAAACAGGUGGCUGCUCUUUACCCACCCAAGCAGUAAGACCAAACGCACUGAUUUAGCGGUAUAUUUGAACAAAAGUCCAAGUGACCCAAAUGCAUGGAGCAAGCUCUGGAUCAUAAACUGAGGACCCAGAGCUUACUCAGACCUGGCUUACAUUGGUGACGGAUGGUUUGCCUGUCUGAUGGAGCGCGGGCAGCAGAGUGAGAUUGAACAGAUAUCUUGCAAGGUUUUCAGCUACAGUGAUGUUGAGCAGGGAACCGGACAGUGAUAUACUAAUACCUCAUCAUGUUUCACUGCAAUCAACACAUUGUCUUUACCUUACAGAAACCUGUGGGAAACAAAAAAUGACGUUUUACUGUAAUCAAACAGCUACUGACUAGAUUCACAGUUUUUGGAUUGAAAUGUUUGAUGAUAAAUUUAAAGUUUCAAACUGAAUCAAAAAGAUUUUGUUUUAUUUUUUACAUUUAUGAUACUGACUCAUAGACUGUAUAUACUAUGGACAACUUGGUUCUGCCUUCGGCCAGUAUACAGAUUUGAAGCCAAUAAGUUCUUGUCCACUUAUUAAAACCAGCAUUGCGCAAUAGUGUUGAACACAUUUGGUGGGAGAGUUCAAACAACGUAUAACCCAGUCUUCGUACACCCAUAGGCUGUAUCAAGCAUCAAUCAUAGAAAACAUGAACCCCCGAAUAACUUUUGAAAAUGGAGCUGCACAGAAAAAAGAGGAAUUGAGCACAAACCAGUCUUACUGUAACUAUAUGUCAACAUCACAAGCAAGGGGGAGAAAAAUUUAUAUUCUGUGUAAUAAAUUUAUAAAGUCCACAGCUCCAUAAGAAUGGCUGGAGGAGGCUGGAUUUAUGACCUAUACUGCAGCCCGUCACCAGAGGGUGCUGUUCUCACAGUGGCAUCACCCAGCAAAGCGGCAGACAGCGUCCAUUCUGCAUACAGUCUAUGUACUGACUGUAACACCUAUGAAAAUUGUUUUAAAUGUUCAAGUAUUGAAUACUUGUAAUUUAAAAGGUGCCACACUGAAACGGUUUGUUAUGUUGUACAUGCCUGUAGAGAAAAAUAUCAAGUUAUUAGACGUUUUAUUGGUUUUCUUAAUAAGUCGAUUUCACACACUCCGAAGCGUGUGUCAACUCAACUUGAUGAUUUGUACUCGUGUACUCUUGUUGUACUCGUGUUUGGUAUAUUUUGGUCUCUGUAACUUGUUUUAUGUGACUUUCAAACUUCCCUUUUGGGGAUUAAUAAAGUCUCUUAUUAGAAAAACACAAGAAAACAACUCUGUCACCUAAAAUAUCAAAAUUAAUACUACUGAUUAAACGAUAAAAUUAGAAACUGUUGUUCCUUUUGCUUUUUAACAACAUUUCAAAUUACUCAAAAGCAAACUGAGGAUCGGUUUAAUGAAUAACUUCACUAGUUUUGGUUGUGCUCGAGAUAGGGAAGUGAACACUCCUCGAUCAGCAGAAUAAGAAGAAUGUUGCUCUUCCAAAGAAAGAGGAUCAGGUUGGCACGCCCAGAUCUUUACGAAUCACAGAAAGCAAACUGUCAUUGAGGAGAUUAUAUAUAAACUCUGCAAGUCUUCUUCCUUACUCCUUCACCAUUUCACACCAACUAUGGGUGACGUUGCUCUACAAGAUUCCCUACCACAGAAACAAACUCUCCUUACCAGAAGUACCAGCUGGACUUACAGGAUUCCAGCUCUUUUAUAUGAGAAAGAAAGUGAAACUCUUCUGGCUUUUGCAGAGCAGAGGACAUCUCCAAAUGAUACCAGCUCCAAAAAUCUGGUCAUGGCAACAGGAAAACGUAAGAAAAGUGGCUCUGGAGCAGUGACAGUUGAGGUAACUACUUUAAGUAAUUAUUUUCUGACAUAUUUGAAGCAACCGUUCUCCUUCUUGAGGUUUCAAAUUAACAAUUUUGUGUGUGAUCUUUCAAGUGGUCAGAGUUCAAAGAGGUGAAGGAAGCACAUCUUGAUGGACACCGCCCCAUGAACCCCUGUCCACUGUACGACAAAAACAGCAAAACACUCUUCCUCUUCUUUAUCUGCGUUGAAGGCACUGUUUCAGAAAUGUGGCAGAUAAAAAAUUACACGAACAAAGCCCGUCUCUGCUACAUAACAUCGAAGGAUGGCGCUCAAAGUUGGAGUGAACUGACCGAUCUGACUGAUCUCCUGGAUGAAAUCAAGAACUGGGCCACGUUUGCUGUGGGUCCAGGCCAUGGUAUUCAGACAGAGGGUGGUAGACUGAUUGUCCCUGUUUAUGCCUAUGUUUCCUACUGCAGCACAAGUUGUUGGAGCUGUUUUUGUAGAUCUAAAUGUUGUAAGGUCCUACCGUUUGCUCUCGCCUUGUACAGUGAUGAUUCUGAAAGAAAGACAUGGCAGUUUGGCGAAAUGCUUCCAGAAGUGUCUCUUGAGUGUGAGAUGGCAGAGUUUUUUGAUGACGCACAAAACAGCCUUAUCUACUGUAACGCCCGCAAUCAAAGAGGCUAUCGAGUGGAGGCUGUCAGUGGUGAUGAGAAAUUGAUUUUUCAGCCAACCAGUCCCAGAAAGCUCACAGAGACAAGUUGGGGCUGUCAGGGGAGUGUGGUGUCCUUUCCAGAUCAGACUAAGACCAGUGAUCAGAGCCCUGAUCAGACCCCAAACAGGUGGCUGCUCUUUACCCACCCAAGCACAACCGAACGCAUUAAAUUAGCGGUGUAUUUGAACAAAAGUCCAAGUGACCCAAAUGCAUGGAGCAAGCCCUGGAUCAUACACAGCGGACACAGUGCUUACUCAGACCUGGCCUACAUUGGAGACGGAUGGUUUGCCUGUCUGAUGGAGUGUGGGCAGCAGAGUGAGAUUGAACAGAUAGCUUGCAAGGUUUUCAGCUACAGUGAUGUUGAGAAGGGAACUGGAGAGUAG